AUGGCCCGGCCGCUUCUCUGCUGCCUGUGGAUUGUGGGGACCUUAGCGGGCCUCUCAGCUAACCCAGGCCCCAAGCACUGUCCAGAGAGGCACUACCUAGCUCAAGGAGACCUGUGCUGCCGGAUGUGUGAGCCAGGAACAUUCCUGGUGAAGGACUGUGACCGGCAUGGAAAGGCUGCUCAGUGCAAGCCCUGUGUGCCAGGGGUCUCCUUCACACCAAACCACCACACCCGGCCCCACUGUGAGAGCUGUCGGCACUGUAACUUUGGUCUCCGUAUCCACAACUGCACUACCACUUCCAAUGCCAAGUGUGCCUGCCCCAGUGGCUGGCAUUGCCGGGACAAGGAAUGUACUGAGUGUGAUCAGCUCCCAAGCUCCCUGUUGGCCACUCAUACACCUCAGGCCCCAGGCCCAGCCCUAGAACCCACCAGCUUUGCUUAUGCUGAUGAAACCCAAAAUCUCCCAUGUAACUCAGACUGUAUCCGAGUCUUUGUGAUUCUUUCUGGAAUGUUACUUACUUUCACCAUGGGUGGAAUCCUGUUCCUCUACCAAAAAAGGAAACACAGAUCACACAAAGGAGAAAGUCCACAGGAGCCUGCAGAGCCCUGUGCUUACAGCUGUCCCAGAGAGGAGGAGGGCAGCGCCAUUCCCAUCCAGGAGGACUACAGAAAACCAGAGCCUGAUCUCUACGCCUAA